AUGUCCUCUGAGUCCCAGGGCCUGCCUUUCCCAUCUGUAAGCAGCAGCAGCAGAAGCUCACCGAUUCCUUCUCCAGGCGACCCUCAAUCCUUUGACCAUCAAGGGUUGCCCUGCAUUCAGAUGCCAGAAUCACAGUGUCACCAGAGCAAUGUUGGAGAAGAGUUUGCACCGUACUCCCACAGAGAAAGCGUUCCCUACAGGCAGAAGAGUGCCGAGUGCUUUCGUAGACACAGUGUAGAUGGAAGCCCUGUUGGACAAGAAUCUGGCCUAAGGGAGAACAAUCACUACCAUCCAUACAGGCGUCAAUGCAGUGAAGGGGCCAUCAGUGAGGUUCAGACCUUCAGUUGUCUCAGAAGAGCUGGAUUGGUUGGGAAACUCACCACAAGUGAUGGAAUGGAGGAGCAAUCCUCUUGGACUCCAUUAAGCACUGAUGUGGAGACCACCGGUGUCAUGGGAACUCAACACCCCUACAGUGAGCCUCAGACGAGCUCUGAAGAACCUCCCGGCUUCACGGCAGUAAACCAUCAGACCUACAGUCCCAUGAGUCCUCUACAACAUCAGUUUUACUCUUCAAGAGGAAUAGACACUAUUUCUCACUACUAUAACCAAAGCCUCUCAACACAAACAUCUCAAGACAAUUCUGUCCAGACACUCUACCCUAAACCUGUCUACUCUUACAGUAUUCUCAUCUUCCUGGCUCUGAGGAAUAGCAAAACAGGCAGUCUACCAGUAAGUGAGAUCUACAGCUUCAUGACAGAGCAUUUCCCCUACUUUAAGACAGCACCUGAUGGAUGGAAGAAUUCUGUCCGACACAACCUCUCUUUGAACAAAUGCUUUGAGAAAGUGGAGAACAAGAAUGGGAACUCUUCUCGAAAGGGCUGCCUGUGGGCCCUGAACCCAGCGAAGGUAGAAAAGAUGCAGGAGGAACUUCACAAGUGGAGACGUAAAGAUCCCCUGACUGUCCGGAGGAGCAUGGCCCGACCAGAGGAGCUGGAACGCCUUCUUGGGGAGAGACCUGAAAAACUGAAGUCUCUUGGAGCUCACUUCAGUCAACCAAGCAGCCAUACACAUUCUCAACCUUUAAGAGUUGCCAUGCAUCCUGCUUACGGACACCAACCUGUCCAUGACACUAGCAUCCCGCAUCAGCAGUCUCUCUACAACCCUUUACCCUCUCAAACUGUCAUCCCGCCUCCCCCCUACUUAUCCCCAGGCCCUUUAUCUUUCUCAUACUACCCGCCUGUCACCCAUCAGCCCAGUGCCGGGCAUCCCUCCAGUCCCAGGACAGGCUGCUUGGAUUCCCCCUUACCAGCACACACCCCACCGAGCUACAGCACCGCCCUGCAGGCUGGUCACAGCACUACAGCAAGCAUGCAGGAGCUUCUGCUGGAUGGAGAAACCAGUAAUGAUGUCGAUGCAUUAAAUCCCAGCCUCACAGAUCUACAACUACAUGGGAAUCUUUGGGAGGAGCUAAGGAAUGACAGCCUCGCUCCGGAUUCACUGGUAGUCAUGGACAGUCCCAAUCAAACACGGGAUAGCGUGGGGCUCUGUGGGGGUUUAGCAGAGACUGAUGGUGGGGUGCAAGGCAGCGUUUCUGAGCUUUAUUUCAGUGGGCUCUACACAACCCCUAUUCCUCUGCUAUGAGAAAAAACAAAAAACCCUGCAUCAUCUUUGCUGUCCAAAAUAGAAAAAAGUUUAUAUUUUUGAAUGUCUAAAAAGUAUGAUUUCUGUGCUAAAUGGUGUGCUUGAGUUAUAAAAAUGACAUUAGUUUUAAUGCUUUUAUUGCUUAAAUGCAGUAUGCUGUCCAA